CGUGUUUCUAAGAUGCUUAUAACGUUGUGCUACGUCUAUCUCUGGGUGCGCUUCCACAAGUGCUACUCGGUGCUGAUACGAAACAGCCUGUCACGACUAAGCAGCGGCAGCGGCAGCUUCAGCUUCGGAGUCUGCUCCUCCAGCUCGGCAGCGGGACCGGCCACAGGGUCGCUGACCGGGGGCCGGCAACCCGGUCCGCCUCCGACCGAGGACAACGUCUUCCUCCAGCUGGGAGACAAGGCCGUCUAUGUCACGGAGCCCCAGGCAUGUGACGACCUCAGCAAAUGGACCGUGCUGUUGGGGUCCUCUCUGGUUUGCAGGCCCCGAAUAGAGAACAUUUCAUUCAUCAUAGAAGCUACGGGACACAGAGUGGGCUACCAUUCUCUUCACACGUCCAAUAAGAAAGUGCUGAAGUGGUCUGACUACUGCCUCCCUCUGGCCCGUAGCCCCGGCCAGCCCUUCAGGGCCGUGGCUCAGGCCAGUGUGGACAACUUCAGUCGGCUGGGGGUGGCUUUUAUCGAAGAUCGCCUUCAGCUGGACAAUGGACUGACACCGUCAAAGAUAAUCCCUGUCCUCCUCCAAGAAUCCACCCUCAGCGAGCUCCUGGAGAAGCAGACACUACCAUGUCUCUGUGAAGCACGAACUGGAGAGGGCAUUGCUGAGCCUUUGCCACGUCACCUAUCGGCCGAUCGCCAUCACCCAUCGUGCCGCAAAGGCAGCCUCCUCCUCACCCCGGAGCUCAAGAGGAGGUUGGAGGAGCGGCGAGGGUCGGAGCCACUUUGCGGCACAAAGGAUCCGGGACCCGUUUGCGACUCUGCGGACCGCUCCUUGGGGAACCAUCAACACAUGGAGGGCCACAGGCACCACCUCCAUCUGUCCAGCUGCCACGAGUGCUUGGAGCUGGAGAACAGCACCAUCCUCUCAGUCAAGUAUGCUUCGGCUGAUAACAUUCCAGACCUUCCCGAUGACAACUCAGCAGGGCCGGACAGUGGAGAUGAGACUCUGGAUGACGUCGAGCACGAUGACAAAGGGUGUUCUGGGCAGAGUGGUGGACUGGACUGUAACAGCAAGCCGCCAAAUGUUCUGCUGUUCACCGGAGGCUGCCAGGAGCGUUUUCAGUUAGUCCGGCAGGUUUUAUCAGAGUGUGUAAACAUGGAAGACAACAUCAUAUAUCCCCUCCAACCACAGCAGGCUCUCAGCGACCCGUGGCUGGACAACGCCAAGCUCCUCGUCCUGGCAGAGGAGGAGCCCCUGACCCCCCAGCUCCAGACCCGUUUUCUCACCUACCUGAGCCAGGGGGGCAGGGUGCUGGGGCUGGCCUCCACCCUGUGCCCGGCGGGCCUCUGCCUGGAGGCCAGGGAGGGGCAACGCGGCCGGGUCGGCAGGCUGAGCUUCACGAGGGAGGACAGCACAGAGCUGGAGCUAAGCGUGUUGUCAAGUGGCAAGGUCUACGUCAGGGAUGCACAGGGAGGAGGGGAGGUGGAGCUUUGGGGGGAGCUAAAAGGGGACGUCCCCCAUCAGAAGGACAUGGUUGUAGUCAGGGUGACCCAUGGAGAGGACGGUGGGGAGGCUGUCCUCUGUCAGGCCCACCUGGAAAUUGCUCCAGACCCCCAGAAUUUGACGACCAAAGGCUUCGAUGAACUGAAAGUCAGCAACACGCUGCGUUAUGAAGUCUUGACGGAGAUCCUCACCUCUCUGGGCCUCAGCUGUGAGCUGAACCAGGCUCCAGCCUCAAGCCCGGUCCACCUGCUGGCCACCUCUCAGGAGGCCAAGACCAGCUUUGUGGAAUGGCUGCAGACACGUGCGGAUCAAAAUGGCCUCCUCACAUUGUCCAAGGCCUCUCUCUCGCUGGUGUCCAGUUCUGAGCUCCAGGACGGUCCCUCGCUGCCCGAGGGCUCCGUGGCCCUGGUCACCGACUCCUCAGAGUCUCAGGGCUGGGCGCAGUUCAGCAUGGAGACCUACAGAAAGAACCUGAAGACCAGCCUACUGGGGCACACCCUGCUGUACGCCGAGGUCGCCUCGUCCACCAUGGACCUGCUACAAGGCUUGACUCUGCACUUACCAAAGGAACUGGGUUUGAUAGCGGUUGCUGCUCGACAGAGCCAGGGCAGAGGUCGGGGUGGGAACGCCUGGCUCAGCCCUCUGGGUUGCGCCAUGUUCACUCUGACGGUGCAGGUGGAGCUGAGCUCCAGGCUGGGACAGAGGAUCCCCUUCCUGCAGCAUCUGGCCGCUCUGGCUGUGGUGGAGGCUGUUCGUACACUUCCUGGAUACCAGGACAUAGACUUGAGGGUGAAGUGGCCCAAUGACAUCUAUUACAGUAACCUGAUGAAGCUCGGUGGAGUACUGGUGACUUCCACAGUGAUAGGAUCGACCUUUCACCUGCUCAUAGGCUGUGGGUUCAACGUGACGAACAGCAACCCGACGGUGUGCAUCAACGACCUGAUCCAGCAGCACAACACGCAGCAUAACAGCAGCCUGCAGCCGCUCCGCUGCGACCAGCUCAUCGCUCGCACGGUCAGCAGCCUGGAGGCCCUCAUCGGCAGCUUCCAGCGGGGGGGCCCAGACACCGUCCUGCCCACCUACUACAAGAGGUGGCUUCACAGCGGGACUCUGGUGCGUCUCUGGAGCGAGGACGGACUGGAGGCCGAGGUGGUGGGCCUGGACCAAAACGGCUUCCUCCAGGUGCACAACAAGGAGCACGGCGUGGUCUCCGUGGAGCCCGACGGCAACUCCUUCGACAUGCUGAAGAACCUGGUGGUCAUCAAGAUGCGUUAGAACCAAAUCCAUCGUCUCUCCCAACACACUGAAGUAUUAUUUAGUCUGAGAGAAAAUUUUAUGUAACUGUAUAAAUGUGUCUGGGUUUUCUAAUGGAUAAAUAUGUUCCUGGUUUACAGCAUUGGUUAGCUUCUUGUGCUAACUAACUUGAACUAGCUGGGGUAAUUUGUUGGAAGACGCACAGUGAUGGUAACUGGGUUUAAAGGCAGCUAGUGACAUCUGUCAGUGAUGGGUCAAUACACACGUCAGGUUGAUUAUGACCUGCUGAUUCGGGACCACCAGUUCAAACUUGUGCUACUUUCUGGGAGCAAUAAAUCAUGUAACCCUCAUCUGAAGAGCCAACUUUAUUUCACUGUCACAUGAGAACAGUGAUCACUGCAGCUUUUCCUGUUGCUUGUUUCCGCAAAAAUAAAGAUUUGCACAGAAAUACGUCUUUUUAACUUACCAGCUUCUAUUGACCUGCCUACAAAAUCCUGAUUAUCCCCCAAAAAGUUCCAAAAGUAACUUGUCUAGAAAA